GCCCACUGUACCGGCUUUUCUCUGCAUCAGCUGUCAGCGCACCGGCAAUUCAAACCGGAUUAUUCAGCGGCGUUCGUCCAAAAACGGAUAUUUAUUUUCUAAUUUGCUUCUGGAUAGAUAUAACAAAUAAGUGAAAUAUCCCUGGGAUCAUCAUAUUGUGCUUAUCGGUGGGAAACGGGGUUUUAGCGGCUAACCCCGGCUAGCAUCCAGCUCAUCACUUGGAGAGUCCAGUGUGACGUCACGGCGCUCUUCUGUUUCAGACGGACUCAUAAAUAUCACUUUUGAACCAACUCUUUUGGUUUCUUGUGGAACUCAAGGGAGAACAUGGACCAGGGCUCGUUUGUGUCGCCGAUUCUGAGCGAUGUGCUGUGCCAGUGCCGCUCGGAGGAGUACUGGCUGUCGGAUUCAGGCGGCGGUGUUAGUGGGAUUGAUGUCGGUUGCAGCACUCCGGUCCCAGCGGCGAAAGACGAGCCGCAUGUCUGCGCCGUGUGCGGCGGCCCCGAGCAGGAGCAUCGCCUCAAGGUCCUGUUCCAGAUCCUGGACGUGAACAGAGACGGAGGGAUCUGUGUGAACGACCUGACCAUCGGCCUGAAGAAACUCGGGCUCCAUCGCACCGAGCAUGAGCUUAGGAAAAUUGUGAAAGCCGGAGAUAAGGACCUGGACGGCCAGUUGGACUUUGAGGAGUUUGUGCAUUACCUGAGGGACCACGAGAAGAAGCUACGGCUGGUCUUUAAAAGUCUGGACAAGAAGAAUGAUGGUCGCAUCGAUUCACAGGAGAUCAUGCAGUCACUCAGAGAUCUGGGGGUCCACAUCUCAGAGCAGCAGGCUGAGAAAAUCCUCAAGAGAAUUAGGAGGGGCCAUGUCUUUGCUCCCGUAAUGUACAUGGACAAGAAUGGGACAAUGACCAUCGACUGGAAUGAAUGGCGAGACUACCACCUGCUUCACCCUGCAGACAACAUCCCCGAGAUCAUCCUGUACUGGAAGCAUUCGACAAUAUUUGAUGUAGGGGAAAGUUUGAUGGUGCCUGAUGAGUUCACAGCGGAGGAGAAGAAGACUGGGAUGUGGUGGCGGCACCUGGUGGCAGGAGGUGGAGCCGGCUCUGUGUCGCGCACCUGCACUGCUCCGCUGGAUCGACUCAAAGUUCUUAUGCAGGUGCACUCCUCUCGUGUGAACACCAUGUGUAUCGCUAGUGGUUUCUCUCAGAUGAUCCGUGAAGGUGGUAUACGGUCACUGUGGCGAGGAAAUGGUAUGAACGUCCUAAAGAUUGCACCUGAAUCCGCCAUCAAGUUCAUGGCUUAUGAGCAGAUAAAACGGCUGAUUGGCAGCAAUCAGGAGACGCUGGGAAUUCUAGAGAGGCUGGUCGCAGGAUCUCUGGCUGGUGCCAUUUCGCAGAGCAGCAUCUACCCAAUGGAGGUUCUGAAGACUCGACUAGCCCUAGGAAAGACGGGUCAGUACUCCGGAAUUGUGGAUUGCGCCAAACACAUAUUUCAGAAAGAGGGCUUAGCAGCAUUUUACAAGGGUUAUAUCCCCAACAUUCUUGGCAUUAUUCCCUAUGCUGGAAUAGACCUUGCUGUCUACGAGACGCUGAAGAAUUCAUGGCUACAGACGUACGCCACAGACAGCGCAGAUCCUGGCGUGUUUGUCCUGCUAGCCUGUGGCACCAUGUCCAGCACUUGCGGCCAGUUAGCCAGUUACCCUUUAGCCCUGGUUAGGACGCGCAUGCAGGCUCAAGCAGCUGCAUUGGAUGGAGGGCCUCAGAUGUCCAUGAGUAGCUUGUUCAGACAUAUUGUGCGGACGGAAGGUGCGAUGGGGCUCUACCGAGGCCUGGCACCCAACUUCAUGAAGGUCAUCCCUGCAGUCAGCAUCAGCUACGUGGUGUACGAGAAUCUAAAAGUCACACUGGGUGUUCAAUCCCGGUGAAAGACUAGCAGAUCUUUACCUUUUGAAUUUUUGUUGGGAAGCGAAAUGGAGACAGAUGGACAGUGAAUCUCGGGUGGCGAGACCUGAGGUUUGAGUCGAUGUUUUCAUUCUGUGAAUGCUAGAGGAAGGGGCCGAGGAGGGUAGGAACAAAGAACACUAAGGGUGAACACUAAGAACCCAAACCAGAAGGUGGACAUGUUCUUACACCUAGGGAUCUACUCUUCCUGUAAUUCCCAAGCUGUAGUAACCUGUUUCACUGGGGGACCAACAUGUCUUUUAACUGCUCAUGUGUGCUCUUCUAAUCCAGUAGGUGGCAGUCUUGAAUAGCCAAAAGCUUAAGACCUAACCACCAAAUCCUACCCUCCAUUUCAUAUAUUUAAGCACUACAUUUGUCAUCGUUGUCUUAAGUUAUUGAGAUAGUUUAGGUGUUUAUCCUGUACAGAACCACCAGUUUCUUUCAUAAACAAACUGCAAUCCAUGUAGCUGAUGUGUGUGUGUGUGUGUAUAAAGAAUUUGAAGAAUUUUUAUUCUAAAGCCCUUGAUUUCUUUUUUUUUUUUUUUUUUUUUUUUUUUUUUUUUUCCCCCUUCAUGCUUUAAUGUUAUGCAUGCUAUAAACAUCUAUUUAUUUAAUAUUAAGAAAGAAGUUCAGGGGGAAAAAAUUAAAAAUAAUCACCAGAUAUAAUAUUUAACCGUGGUUGAUACAAAGUUGGUACAAAGCCUUAGUUUUGUUUGCGUUCAUUGUCACACUUGGUAAUUGUUUUAUUAAUUACAAAUCAUGUUUACUAAUCUGGGUGAAGAACUGGUUUAGGUUAAGAAAAGUCUGUGAUGUUUUAAUGUAAAUGCUGUAUUUCCUGUAUAGGAAAAAUCCAUUCACCUCAUGAUGGGAAUCGACUCACUUCAAUUUCGAAUCAGUCAAUUCAGAAUCAAGUUGCUGUUUUGCACCUGUGAAAUGUGAAGCCUUGUCCUUACAUUUCAUUUUCACGCAGUGUUAGUCCGUGCACAAGCAUGUCCUGUUUUUCUUAUGUUUUCUGAACAGAAAUGGCAUCGACUAACAGGACCUCAGGAACUUUAGGGUUAUCUAUGGGAUGCGCACUUGAAUUUUUAGAAUGAAUAAUACUAGAAUGAGAACAGUUGUUUCGGGGGUGUGUUUGGUUGUUUUUUUUAAAAAAUCCUGUAUUCAGGUUGUAAGAGGGCUGAAAGAGAAGUGUGUUGUAGGAGAAUUUUUUUAGUAAUGCUCUGCUGCAUGGUUCACAAACUCCACUCCCAUGAUGGCUUCAGGUGCCUUGCCGUUUAUAUUAAAAAAAAAAAAAAAAAAAAAAAAAAAAAAACCAUGCCAUCCACACAGAUGGAACUAGCUCACAUGUCCCAGUAUCUCCUAUAAGAGACCACAGCAUUUCCCUAAACUAAUUGCAGUCUUAAUAAAUGAUGUGCUGCCAUAGGUGAAGGUUACUAUAAAAACUUAGUCUAUGUACACGUAUCGGAUGUUCACAUAGUUUUACAUGUUUGCUUUAUGUGCUGCUAACAGACUGUCAGUUCGUCGAUUAGAGGAAGGCGGUUAAAGUUAGUGAUUCUAAAGGGAAUUUUUUCAGUAUAACGACAGUUGAAUUUAAAGUGGCUUCUAAUUAGUAUGCUGGUUUAGUGGAGGAUAUAUAAGGUAUAGAAGGCAGUAGCCAUACUAGAUUCUGUCUAAACUAUCAUUUCUAACAUUAGACCAAUCAGUGUUUGUUUUUUUUGUUU